UCAUUAAUAAUUAAGAUGACGAAAAAUUGGAUAUUGGGUCGAAUAUAUGUCUUCAUUAGGCGCCAGUUGAAAGGAACGAUGCGCAAAUCAGACUUCUUGUAUUGAAAGAAAAAUACAACGACAAAAGCAACAACCUUGCUGUAUUUGAAAAAACACCGAAGAAUUAAGAAAAAGACCAAACAAGCUUCUGAAUUUAAAGAGGUUCAGUCGUAUUGAGGCAAAUGAGUGAAACAAAGCGUAGAAAGAACCCAUCCGGUUCUCAUGCCAGUCUUGGUGGCAGGUCCUUGAGAGACGAAAUGGAGAUGCACAGCCGCUCAAGACCAUCAUCAGGUGCUGCCUGGUCAGAUGAUGGCCCAGGACAAGAUGAUGUUGAUUUCAAUCCCAGAGCCCCUGCUGCUGUAGACAUGCCCUCUGCUAUGGAGGCAGAGCCUUACAGCAUGCAGGCCAAUGUGACUCGUGAUGUGCGAGCUGAUGCCCCCAACAAUCAACCUGUUGACUGCUUUACAAGAUUUAAACGAGUAAUCCGAGGGCUAUGGAGAACACGCCACACUGAGGACACAGACACAGAUAAGGAGAUGUAUGUGAAGACCACUCUGAGGGAGCUUGGGAUCUACCUUGUCUUCAUGUGUGUCCUCUGCAUUUUGACAUUUGGUAUGACUAGCUCAACCAUGUAUUAUUUCACAAAAGUCAUGCAAGACUUGUUUGUCAGUGAGCCUGGUUUUAAUGACUUUAAAAAGAUGAGUGAUUUCUGGAGUUAUGCAGAAGGCAAGCUUCUCGAUGGACUGUUUUGGGAAAAGUACUACAAUGGCCAAAAUGUAUCUAAAGACCACCAGGGUUUUAUCUAUUUUGAAAACAAAGUGCUUGGACUACCCAGAAUAAGACAAGUUCGAGUUAGGAAUGAUUCUUGUGUUGUGCACUCUGACUUUAAGAAAGAAAUCAAGGAAUGCUAUGCCCCUUAUGCAACUAACAUUGAAGACACAAGGAGCUUUGGAAAAAUGAAUGGUUCAGCCUGGACUUAUAAAUCUGAAAAGGAACUGGAAGGAAGAGGAACCUGGGGCCAACUUACAAGUUACAGUGGUGGUGGAUUUACUCAGCUUUUGAAAAAGACCAAAGCAGAAUCUAAAGCACUUAUCGAUGAUCUUAAGAAAAACCUAUGGACUGAUCGUGGAACAAGGGCAGUUUUCAUCGAUUUCACAGUAUACAAUGCAAACAUCAAUCUGUUCUGUGUAGUCACGUUGGUCCUUGAGUUCCCAGCUACCGGAGGCUGUAUUCCUCAUCCGAUGUUCCGAACCCUUAAACUCAUUCGGUAUGUCACUCCAAUGGACUACUUUGUCAUGGCAUGCGAGGCAAUAUUCGUCCUCUUUCUUGUUUAUUACUCCAUCGAGGAAUUCAUUGAAAUAAAGAAGCACAAACUGGCAUAUUUCAAGGCUUUCUGGAACGUCCUUGAUGUCGUCGUGAUCUUGCUUGGUGUUGUCUGCAUCGUUUUCAACCUGUACCGGACAUUGUCAGUGAACCGGCUGAUCAAAUCUCUGCUUACGAAUCCGGAUGGAUUUGCAAACUUUGCAGUGCUUGGGUUCUGGCAAAAUCAAUACGACAAUUUGGUUGCUGUUGCAGUUUUCAUUUGCUGGAUCAAGGUUUUCAAGUAUAUCAGCUUCAACAAGACCAUGACUCAACUCUCCUCCACUCUUGGAAAGUGUGCUAAAGACAUUGCUGGCUUCGCAGUUAUGUUCUUCAUCAUCUUUUUGGCGUAUGCGCAAUGGGGAUAUCUCAUCUUUGGAACUCAAGUCAAAGAUUUCAGCACAUUCCACUACAGCAUCUACACCCUGUUCCGUAUUAUCCUUGGUGACUUCAACUUCAAGGAAAUUGAAAAUGCAAACAGAAUUUUGGGUCCAAUCUUCUUCAUCACAUACGUCUUCUUUGUGUUCUUCGUCCUCAUCAACAUGUUCUUGGCCAUUAUUAAUGACACUUACGCUGAAGUCAAAUCCGAUCUGGCUCAACAGAAGAGUGAAUUCGAAAUCACCGAUUACUUCAAGAGAGGAUAUGAAAAGAUGAUGAACAAAAUCUCCUUCAAACGGGAAAAGAUUGUUGACAUUCAAAAGGCAAUUCAAACAGCUGACACAAACCGAGACAACAAACUUGACUUCGAGGAAUGGAGACAAGAACUCAAAAUGCGUGGUCAUGCUGAUGCAGAAAUUGAGGCAGUCUUUGCAAAAUAUGAUUUGGAUGGCGAUCGUGUUCUCAACGAGGAAGAGCAAAGGAAAAUGCACGAAGAUCUUGAAGGCCAAAAGGCCGAGCUGAACGAAGAAAUGGAAGAGGUUGAGCGUGCUAAGGAUGCUGAUAUGCCACUGCGAGCCACACGAAGUCGCGUCAGCAUGAGGGACAGUGAUGACGACGAAGAUGAUGACAUUGACAUGGAGGGUCGAAGAGGAGGACAUACUGGCGGCGGAGGAGUCUCCUUCGAAGAAUUCACAGUCCUGAGUCGCCGAGUUGAUCGAAUGGAGCACAGUAUCGGGAGUAUUGUAUCAAAGAUUGAUGCCGUUCUGGUAAAACUUGAAGCAAUGGAAAAGGCAAAACUCAAAAGACGCGAGACCAUGGCAAAAUUACUUGAUAGCAUUGCAGAGGAUGACAGACGCGAUGAUGACUCUCGCCGGGAACAUAUGGAAAAACUUGUACGUGAAGAACUUGAACGUUGGGAUAGUGAUGCAUCAUUGAGGGACGGGGGUGCUCGUCCAACAAGUGCCUCCUCCCGUGGCUCAGUUGCAUCUGCUAAAAAAAGACCUCCAAAGUCUCCUGGCAGUAGAAUAAGCCCCCGAGGCAGUGAAACAUCAGUGAGAAUUAACACGGAAGACGACGGAGUUCCGAAGGUCUUCAAUGAGCACAGCAAAAUUUGAUGAUUGAUGUGAAGGUGCAAGGACUUUAUUAAAAAGAGUAUAAUAUUAUUGCACAAAAAGUUUGCGCACCAAACAAAGCAACAGGAUUGCAGUGAGGUAAUAGGCUUGGUGCACUUUGUUCUUUUUUUUCGUUUGAGAGAAAAGCCUGUUGUAUAUAAUAUUCUAAUUGUUAUGAGGUUAAGUAGUUGUGGGAAGUAUAUUAUUAAUAGUUAAGCUUUUAUCGCUAUCAGAUAGAUUUAACUGGGACUAAGUGAACUUCGGGUGACAAAUUGAAAUUGUUCGUUAAAAAACUGGUGUUUAUUGACUUUCUCAGAAAUGAAAGCCUUUGAAGAAAUGUGCCAGCUCCUACCUUCAGACCCAAUUUGUGAAUAAGGAUUUUCUUGUGUUUCUGAAAACAAGGACUUGUCCAAGUUGGUUAUUUUCAUCUGAAACUAUGAAACUAGAAACAAGAAAAAUAAUCCUUGAUAUACUUAUGUUCAAGGUUAGAUAACUUUAUUUUGUCACACUUUUCACUGUAGUACCAGUUUAUCAUUAUAUAUUAUAUUUCACCUUGCCAAAUGUUGUUAAAUAAUUUAUGAGAUGGUAUCUCCGUUUUAGCAUUUCUCCCCCCUUCGUCAAAUUUCCAGAAUUUUUAAUUCUACAUUUAUGUCUUUGAAAAGAACAGUUUUACAACUAUUCAAUUUGGUUCUGUUUUUAUUUAUUUUCCCGGCUUUCUCCCUUAAAUAGAUAGUGACCAGUUUCGCCUGAUUAAACUGCCCAAGUCAAAAACCUAAUUUCCAAGAUAUAAAAUAUGAUGACGUUAUUUAGGUGCAACCCUUGGCAGUUUCUUCAAGAAUGGUCAUUUUAGUUCAGCUUGGAGUGUUACUGACAAACUUCCAUUUCGAAGGGAUAUGUUGAAUAUUUUCAAACCUUUUUCUCUAGUAUCAAAGCCCUUACUUACAGUAACAGAACUUUCAAGAGAAUGUUUGUACAAUUAGAACAAUCAAAAUUUGCUCCGCAAUGCAGACAAAAUUAUAAUGCUGGUGAAGUUUUUUCAUAUUAAACCUUCAGUUCUGUCGAACAAAACAAACUGCUGAGUUUGGGCUUUGAUGCUAUAGGCUUCUUUGUUUUAAAAACUUUUUCUUUUUCCUGUACCGUUUCGUUUUGUUGUUCAAGAUUUCAAAGCACUUGGAAACUGCUCUUCAAUGAAAAAUAUAAUAAAACGGC